CGUGAGAGCUGCUGCAGUGUGUGCUGGUGCUAUCAGUGUGCCAGAGACCUGCAGUGGGUGAGGGACAGCUGUGGCCUUGGCUACUGCAGAGAACUGGCAGAAAAUGACCCAACUGAGGAGAACUACUCUACCGAGAAGGACACACUUCAGACACAAUGGACUCUGAGUCUCUGGAUAGCUGCAUCCAGGGCACCCUGUCGGUGCUGUACCCCCCCUUCGAGGCCACCGCUGCCACGGUACUCUGCCAGGUGUUUGACGUUGUGGAGACGACGUACCGUGGCGACGGCCUGAGAUACCUCGUCGAUUUCCUGGUCCCGGCGAAACGCAUCCUCCAGAGUAUUCAGCAGGAUGCCUGUUUCCCUUACUGUGGGUUCCUGUUCCGUCACGAAGGCUGGCCCCUCUGUGUUCACGAGAAGGUCAUAAUCCAGCUCUCCUCCCUGGACCAACGAGUGUUGCAGCCUGGAGACUUCUACUUGCAGGUGGCGCCCACCCCGAAGAGCAGCCCGCGCAUCGCCGUCAAGUGUCUGGCCGUGAACGGGCAGUAUGUGGAGGAGCUGGAAGUGCCUGAGCUAGCCUACACCUCCAUCUUCACCAUGGCCUGGCUGGACUCCAUCAACCAGGAGCGGGCAGGCAAUGCCCGCCUGCAGCACUGCCUCCUCGCAGCCGACAGCGACAUCUUCCGGGUGCCGUGGGAGGACGUGGUACACCCCGAGUUCAUCCGCAGGCCCAAGGUGGCCGCCGAGUCGCCUGCGGUGGCCAAGAGCAGGGAGAGAGAUGGGGAUGAGGACGAGGAAAGGGACACUGUGUCGGAGCAAGAUAACAAACCUGCUCAGACAAACAAAGCGCUUUUGAUUGACACCUCAAUGACCCAACAGGACAGUGGUCGGAGCAACGAGGUUAAGCUCCUCCCGGCCAUGGCGCCCUCAAAGAGGGACAGCGUGGAGAAGGGCUCUGCGGACGACUCGGAGGGCGAGUACGUGGAGCUGGCUGAGAUCACACUUCCACGUUUCUCCCCUCAGAAAGGCUCGCUAACCCAGUCUAUAAGCAUGAACUACAGAAACCUACACAAACCAAGGACUAUGGAGCACUCGCCACCCAAGGCUAAGCCUCUGGAAACCCCUCUCAGAAACAUCGCUUGCUCCCAGACCAUGGUGUGCACCAUGCUCAUAGAGCAGAACUUGAACGACUGUUUUCCCCCAGUGAUUUUGACCCCAACCACUCCCGCCGAAUCAGACACUCCCACCCCCGCUGAAUCAGCAAACGAGCCAAAGUCGGAUGGAUCUGGAACGAGAUCCGUCAGCCUGGAAGGUACCUCUUCCGCCAAUAACGCCACACACGUGCCUGAGUGUGAGUGCUCUGUGUCUGAACAGCCAGGUUGCAAUGACUCAGCACCAUCUAAAUCUCUCAUUUUCAAUUGUAAACUAGAAGCUCGCUCUGACAGUGCAGAUUCACCUCAAGAAGAUCAGGUUGUGCCUGAGGGGCUUGAGGUAGCUAUCGAGGUCAAAACAUGUCAGGAGGGGCCCUCACUUGACCAGGAUAGCAGUUGUGGUAAAGAAUCUGAAAGCAGUUUUGAGAAAGGCAAGAUGGACAAUUCCCGGAAAGAUCCGGAACCUGUCCCCGUCACUGAGUCUCUCCAGGAGCAGACAGGCGAGCCAGAGGAUAGAGUUGAGGGUCAAACCAAAACAGACACACUGAAUGAGCAGGUUAUAUCUCCUGUCAAACCUGUCGCUCCUCCAGGAGACGGUGGCUCCCUCAGAGACAGCAGUCUCACUUCAGGAGGCCCUGAGGGGGAGAGAGUGGAGAGUGUAGGCUGUGCCCCCAUUGCCCCUGCUGCCCCAGCUCAGGAUCAGGUUACAGCUAGCCAGCAGGGUCAGGAGAGCAUAGAGCCAGCUAAGGUAGACUUGGAAGAGAGGGAGACGACAUGUGUAGGAGAAGGGAAGGAGCAGGUGGAGGAGGGAGAAGGUGGUGUGGAUGAAAAGGUGGAGAUGCCACAAACAGCUUUGGUGGACCCGGCAACCACGUCUGGUGCCAUCACUGCAGAGGCACCAUCCAAGGUGGUUCAGGAGGAGGUUACCCCUUCUGAGAGAGUAGGUGAAGAGGAUGAGCUAGAAAAAUGCUGGCAGGAAAAGGAUAAAGAGAAGGAGGGGAGGGUGGAGGAGGAAGAGAAAGAUGAGAUUGUGAAAGAGGAGAAAGAUGAGGGUGUGAAAGAGGAGAAAGAUGAGGGUGUGAAAGAGGAGAAAGAAGUGGAUACAAUAGUUCGAGGUGAGGUAGGUGAACAGCACUGUGUGUCUCAGAACUCAGAAACAUCUCAGACAGAUUGCACUGUGAAUGAGGAGAGUGCAGUCGUGGGAAGUGUCCCAGACAGUAAGCAGGAGGCUUCAGAAAACUGCAACUCUGAGUCUGAGGCUGAUACACAGGCUAAAGACUCACACAGCACUGCCCCACACACUGAUGGACACACACACACAGCCGAGACACCAGCAGCUGCAGAAGAGGAGCAGGAAUCUGGAGUGGAGGCCAAGGAGGACAAGGAGAAGGAGAAGCAGGAUGAGGGGAAAGUAGAGGAGUCGAGUGAGGAGUCUGCCCAGGCUCCUACUGUAAAUGGCUCCUGUGGGGAGCCGGAUCAAGAAGCAACAGGGGAACCCCAGCAUUUGCCAGCCUCCAACCCAACAGAAGAGCAAGCCAGUCAUGAGAAGCCAGUCAGUGAAAUGAGCCCUAACCAGCAGGAUCCCCCAGUUCCCCUACCCGCAGCCUCCCUGAAGAGCCAGCCUGUGCUAACCGAGGCCCACAACAUCAACCCAGAUGUGCUGAGCUCAGGAGUACUCUGCCUGCCUGGCACUAGAGAUAAAUCUGGGCAUGCUUUGGUGACUGUGACGACCAGGAAUACGAUUUGGUUAAACCCAAACUGCAACAGUGGUGAGCUUGUGCGGAUUAUGGUGUACUUCUACACCAUUCUCAGGAAGGAAGUUCGUUCGCUGGGUUUGACUGUUCUAGUAGAUGCCCGCCGGUGCUCACCUGUCCCUGCCCUCUUCAAAGCCUUUAAUAUCCUGCAGGAUGCUAUACCAGGGUGCAUCCAUACUGUGCUGUUGCUGGCAGACAGAGAUCUGGCUCUACGUGUGGAGAAGACCCCAUCUUUACAGCUGGAGCUCCUCACCUCGCUCAAAUCCCUGCACAAGCACGUCGACAUCUCCCAGCUGCCCACCGAGUACGAUGGCACCUUCCCCUUCUCGCACGCCAGCUGGGUGUGUUUCAGAACGAGACUGGAACAGCUGACCAGUAACUGUCAGGAUGCUGUCAAUCUCCUCAAGAGCACCAUCUCCAGCCUGGAGUCCACUCCUCUGCCCCCCACAGCUGAGGAGGCCCAGGUGCUGCUGGGCCGCUACAGGGGGCUGAUGCGCAGCGUGCUGGAAGACACCCGGCUGGUGCGCCUGCAGCUGGAGGGGGGGGCGUCACUGUCCCGCCUGCGCAAGGAGGAGUCCAGCAUCAGCCUUACCGAAGACUACAGAGAUGCCAUUGAAACAGUGGGGCGACUGUACGACCAGGUGGACGAGCUGGUCCACAGGCUGGUGAUGCUGUCCAACAAGUGCACACAGGAGCUGGAGUUUGUCAUGGAGUUCAAAAGCCUGGAGGAGGGCUUCAGUGAGGUGAGUCACUGGAUCAAUGAGGUUGGGGAGAGUCGCCUGAACACCCUGGGGGAACUUGAGGACUCGCUGGAGCAGCUGCGGAAAAAGCAGACACAAUUUCGGGAUUUCUACUGCGCUGCAUACGAGCACUGUAAGGGUGGGGAGGCCUUGCUGAAGAGGCUGGAGAGAUGGGAGGACGUGUCGUCGGCUGAGCUGCAGGUGUACGAGGUGAAGGUCCGCUCCUUCUGGGUGCACCUGCAGGACUUUUCCCAGCGUGUGGAGGACACCCGCCACAAAAUUGACAAGACUGUUAGGCUCUACGAAUUCUUUGAUAAGGCAUAUGAGUGGGCGCUGGAGGGCAUGCGCCACCUGGCCUGUGUCAGCAUGGAGGACUGCAGCCUGCCAGAAAAGUGCCACGGUGUAAUUUCUUACCUGGAGGAGUACCGCACCCAGCACCCCCCGAUCCCCGACCCGCGCUUCCAGGACAUGAAGGAGCUGGCCGGGGAGCUAAAGAGCGAGCAGGGUCUCAAGCAGUGGAAGUUCGCCUGGUCCAAGUGCCAGGAGACCAAGCAGAUGUUUGAGAAGAAGCUGGAGUCUGCCUUACGGACGCGGCGCUCGCUAGCCUCUGACCCCGGUGGUGGUGGCGACGGAGGAACACCCAGACGCCUCUCAGAUGUAUCGACCCGCUCCCAGGCACAGGACCGCAGCAGCAGCUUGUCCUUCUCCUGCAGGAAGGCCUUCUCUGGGGCCUGGGGCCGCGACCGGCUCUCCUCCCAGUCUAGCAUCUCCAGCGUCGCCUCCAGCCCAUGCAGUCCAGCAGGAGCCAGGCUGGACCCCUGCAGAGUCCCCGUAGGCAGCCCCUACUGCGGCAGCGAGCAGCGCGUGCCACCUCACACCCCUCUCAGCUCCCACCGCCUCACCCGCAGCACGUCGUCUGAGGAGCCCCACCCUCUCCCUCGCACCUCCUCCACCUCCUCCGCAGCCUCCUCCUCGUGCUCUUUCAGCCCCGGGCUCCCCUCUCUGGAAACGGGCCACCGGCGGAUACUGCGGAAGACGCAGAGCUUCGACGCGGCCGGCAUGGAGGCCUCGCGCUACGGCACGUGCCAGCGGACUCUGAGUGAGCCGGCACGCCGCGGCAACACAGGCGUGUUCAUCAAGGGCCUGGAGGUGAGCAGCACGGAGAUGGCUGACCGGGCCUACAGCCCCCGCCUGACGCCCGCCCAUGGCUGGCCCAACGACAGCCUGCGCUCCGGGGCAUCUAGCUGCACCAGCAGCCCGGUGCCAGAGGUGCGCGCCAAGGGCAGUAAGCUGCGUCACAUCGUGGACGAGAUGGUGACGACGGAGCGGGAGUAUGUGCGCUCGCUGCGCUACAUCAUCGACCACUACUUCCCCGAGAUGGAGCGCGGCGACCUGCCGCAGGACCUGCGCGGCAAGCGCAGCGUCAUCUUCGGCAACCUAGAGAAGCUGGUGGACUUCCACAGCCAGUACUUCCUCAAGGAGCUGGAGAGCUGCUGCAACCACCCGCUGCGUGUCAGCCACUGCUUCCUGCGCCACCAAGACCAGUUUGGACUGUAUGCUCUGUACAGCAAGAACAAGCCCAAGUCAGACGCGCUGUUGGCCAGCCAUGGGAACUGCUUCUUCAGGCAUAAGCAGCUGGAGCUGGGCGAUAAAAUGGAUUUGGCCUCUUACCUGCUGAAGCCCAUCCAGCGCAUGAGCAAGUACGCGCUGCUGCUCAAGGACCUGAUCAAGGAGGUCAGUGAGGCUCAGGAGCAGGAGAUGGGCUACCUUUGCGCCGCCGCCGAGAUGGUCAAGUUCCAGCUGCGCCACGGCAACGACCUGCUCGCCAUGGACGCCAUCCGCGACUGUGAUGUCAAUCUGAAGGAGCAGGGCCAGCUGGUGAAGCAGGACGAGUUCACCAUCUGGUACGGGAGGAAGAAGUGCCAGAGACACGUCUUCCUGUUUGAGGACUUGGUUCUGUUCAGCAAACCCAAACGCGUUGUGGGAGGCCUUGAUGUUUACAUCUACAAGCACUCUUUCAAGACAGCCGAUGUGGGCAUGACGGAAACCUCGGGGGACAAUGCCUUACGCUUCGAGAUCUGGUUCCGCAGGAGAACUUCAAAGAACCAGACUUACAUUCUGCAGGCUGGCACGGUUGAGAUCAAACAUGCCUGGACCUCCGACAUUGCCAGGAUCCUGUGGCAGCAGGCCACCCGAAACAAAGAGCUCCGCAUGCAGGAGAUGGUGUCAAUGGGAGUAGGGAACAAGCCCUUUCUGGACAUUAAGCCAAGCGAUGCUGCUAUCAAUGACAGGGCUAUCGACUACAUCAUGAAGGGCAGAGGAGCCAGAACACGGGCGUCCAUCGCCGUGUCGCUCUUCGACCACUCCAACCCCUUCAAGCGGGCGGCGUCGGUAAGCACGUCGGUAAGCGGCCCCCAGGCAGCCGGCGGACCCCCCUCCUCUUCACUGCUGGGGCCCCUUAACCUGCACAUGUACAUCAGCCAGUCCCUGAUGCCCGGGGACAGGCUCAUCAGCCCCUGCAUCGAGGAGGACGAGCUGGAGCACGAGACCAGCAGCCAACCUUCCAUGACCACUGAGAGCUCAGGCUCAUCUUCACAAUGUCUGUCAGGUGGCGGCUCCAGCGGAUCGGACAGCGGCUGCGUGUCCAGCCACCUCCCCGAGGCGCUCUCCGAGGAGCCCAGCUCCCCCUACGAGCCCUCCUGCUACUCGGCCGUCGCCUCGCCCGUCGAGGACAAGCCCCGCUUCAACAGCCAGUACAUUUCAGCGAAAACAGCUCAAAUCAUAGGCCCAUCCACUAUAGUGUGAUUGCUGUAAUCCUGCUUUUGAGUUUAGUAUCCAGCUGCUUUCACCAAGAAGACAAUGUCAGCCUCACACAAGGAAGAAGGGUCAAGCGAGUAUUUAUUGUUCAUCUGGAGGCCAGCGCAUCUCGUCUGAUCUCAUCUCACUGAAAGAGCUGGGGAUAUAGCACUGUUUUAUCAAAGCCACUUUUGAGCUUUCAUAGCUUUUAUAUCUUUUUUUUUAAAGAAAGUUGAUUUUAAAAUAUUCUUGUAUUUAUCUUCUUUUCAAAAAAGUACUGGCGAAGUAGUGUUCUGUACUAUACCUUUAACUGUAAAUAAUUAUUGUAGUAGUUUACAAUGCAGUUCUGAACUGUUUUCCUUUUUUUCCUUUGUCUGUUCUUGACCACUUAUGCUGCAGACUGCAAAAUGACAAAGCAGAAAUGCACCCUUUUUUGUGAAAAAGUUAUUUCUGAGUUUGGAUUAAGAGUAUGUGUCAGUGUACUCUUCAACAGUUCUAUGAAAGCAACACGUCUCUCUACUCUGUAAAGGCGACAUCACACAUCUGACUGUUUUCAGUGUUCGGGUCUUUGCAUGUCUGUUCUUUCUUUCACACGCAACUGACCUGUGGUCAGUGGCCCCAGAUUUUUUUUUCUGUGUUGGCAGUUCCAUGUUGUGGUCAGGCUGUCCUGUUUGCCACUGUUGUAAUGCUUUCCUGAUCCAGCGCCAGCCUCCUGUCCUGUGCAGCCAGUGGUAGUUGCGAGGGGCAAGUGGUGUCAGCCUAUCUGCUGGGUGCAGGAGGGAUGUGGUGACAGGAGGCCUGGUGACAGCGUGCCCUUUAGAGUCAGAACGUUUCAAUUUUCCACUUCAAAUUUCUUUGCCUGCUUUCUUUUCUUUCUUGUUUUAAUUUUUUUUGUUGAGAUCUGGCAUUUAAAAAGACAAAAACAAUCUGUACAGUGUCUGUAAAUAGUUGCACCACUUGGUGCUUUGCGAUUCUAGUGUGUAGGAGAGAACUGUGGUAACUUUGUACAUGUAUGUAUUAACCAGCAAAACCAGGGAAUCACUAAAGUGCCAUUCUUAACUGCAACAGGAGAAAAAAAAAAAAAAAAAAGAGUCAAAUUUCCAUCUGUAGCUGGAGCAUGAAUGUGUACUCAAGUGUCAUAUUUCUUAAUCCUAACAAGUUCACACAUAUUUAAUAAAGAUGGAUUGCUUUGUAUCUGGAA